AUGUGGUCGUCGUGGAUGAUGGUCGGGAGCAACGUGGAAUUAGGCGCCGGCUGCGCCACGCGCCCUGCCCCGCGCUCUCCUCCGGCUUCCACCACCUCCGGUUCGCUUGCUCGACGUUCCGCGAUCCCGGGGACACCGCGAACGAUGGCGAUAUCCGCCCAAACCAAGCGGACCAUAGUAGACGUCGCGCUCUUCCUGGCCUCGCAGGCAGCGCUGUACUACACAGUGCGAUGGGUUUUAUAUCCGUCUGCUGACGUACCGAAGGUGAAGGCGAAGAACCUCGAUCUACUCAAGAGCCGCGGAAACGGCAAGCUCAAGCUCGACGAGCACGAGAAGAUUAUUGCGGCGGAGGUUAUUCACCCAGACGACAUCAACGUUCGGUUCUCUGACAUUGGUGGACUGGACCCAAUCAUAUCCUCUCUUCGCGAAUCCAUCAUAUACCCCCUUCUCUACCCUCACCUCUUCCCGACCACCUCCCUUCUCUCCGCUCCUAAAGGCGUCCUCCUCUUUGGCCCACCCGGGUGCGGCAAGACGAUGCUGGCCCGUGCGCUCGCAAAGGAAUCUUCAGCGACCUUCAUCAACGUCGCCGCCUCCACGCUGUCCUCCAAGUGGUACGGCGAGUCGAACAAGCUCGUCGCCGCCCUCUUCGCGCUCGCGCGAAAGACGCAGCCGGCGAUCAUCUUCAUCGACGAGAUUGACAGCUUUCUUCGUGAGCGCUCCCGUGGCGACCACGAGGUGACGGGUAUGGUCAAGGCCGAAUUCAUGACGCUCUGGGACGGCCUCACGUCCGCGACGGACCGCAUCGUGGUCCUCGGCGCAACCAACCGCCCGGGCGACAUCGACGCCGCCUUCCUCCGCCGCAUGCCCAAACGCUUCGGGAUCAACCUCCCCGACGCCGACCAACGCGAAAAGAUCCUCCGGCUUAUGCUGCACGACACCCCGCUCGCACCCUCCCUCUCCCUCCGCGCACUCGCCGAGCGCGCAGAGGGCCUUUCCGGCUCGGACCUCAAAGAACUCUGCCGCGCCGCGGCUAUGAUCGCCGUCCGCGAGCGCAUGGCCGCGCUCGAGGCCGAGCUCACCUCACAUCCGCACGACGCGCCUUCCUCCUUCGCGCCCACCCACCCCGCCUACUUCGAGGAUGCGAAAGCCGCACAUCACAACGAUAGCAAGGGCGCGGGGGCGAGCGACGAAGCGAUUAGGGCGGCGCUGGCGCGCGACGGCGCGGCGGAGUCGUUUGCGGCGCUUCGCCCGCUCACGAUGGACGACUUCGUCCGCGCGGGCGAGCAGUUCCUCGCGACGAUGUCGAGCGGGGGUACGAACGCGUCUGCGCUGCAUUCGGGGGGCGGUGUGGACGACGUGGACGACGUCCCGGCGGCGGCGGAUAGGAGUGGGGCGAGUGCGUACGUGGACGCCGAGGAUCGGUCAAGGAUAGAUGACGUGCCGGGGGAGGAGCUUCAAGCUGAGGAGAAGGAGCAUGUGUUGGAUUGAUUAUCGUAUAUAGAUCGCUCCGCCGUUGUAUGAACGGUUAGAUUAUUACGCUUUGAAUAAUGUGCGAUAGCACCCC